AGAAAAGGUAAGAGCAAAGGCCGUCCACUGAGUGUAGCUGUGCUCUGAAAAUAUCCACAGGUGAGCGUGAAGUUCUGGACUGCAGGCCAAUGAGCUGAUUGAAACAAAAGAAGACAUUUUAGGACUACACCUUGGACUGAGGGGAGUCGUGAGCAGACUUUUUUAUAGACUAACGAUUAAUUGAAUAGAUAAUCAACAGUACAGAAAACUGGAACAGAUGGAUCUUCUGGUUCUGCCCUCCAUCCUUCUGGUCAUUUCUACUGUCCAUGCUUUCCAGUAUACAGAGUUGGUGCAGUACAUUGACAGCCAUCAAGAAGAAUAUGUGGAGGCUCUGCGGGACUGGGUUGCAAUCGAAAGCGACUCCAGCAACAUCUUGAAGAGAUCGGAGCUACACCGCAUGAUGGAGAUGGCGGCUCAGAAGCUGAGGCUGAUGGGAGGGACUGUAGAGCUGGUGGACAUCGGAGAACAGGAGCUUCCUGACGGGCAGACGUUAGCGCUGCCCAAAGUGGUGACGGCCCAGUUUGGCAGCGACCCAAACAAACACACAGUGUGUGUCUACGGUCACGUGGACGUCCAGCCAGCGAAGCUGGAGGACGGCUGGGCGACGGAUCCCUACAACCUGACUGACAUCAAUGGUAACCUUUAUGGAAGAGGAGCAUCAGACAACAAGGCCCCAGUUCUGGCCUGGAUCCAUGCCGUGGAGGCUUAUCAGGCCCUCAGUAUGGAGCUGCCGGUGAAUGUGAAGUUUGUCAUCGAGGGCAUGGAGGAGACGGGCUCCAAUGGCCUGGACGCCAUGAUCCUGGCCCAGAGGGACACCUUCUUCUCUGACGUGGAUUACAUCGUCAUUUCAGAUUGCGGCUGGCUGAGCGUACGGCCCGCCCUCACCUACGGCACCAGAGGCAACUGCUACUUCUAUGCUGAGGUUGAAGGACCGAAACAGGACUUACAUUCGGGUGUGUAUGGAGGCACUGUGAUCGAACCGAUGACCGACCUCGUUGGCAUUCUGGACACACUGAUCAGCCCCAGCGGUAAGAUCCUGAUUCCUGGGAUCAGGGAGGCCGUGGCUCCCCUCUCUGACGAGGAAUGGAAGAUGUAUCAGGACAUCCAGUUUGACAUGGACAACUACAAGAACAAGAUCGGUGUCAACCAGCUCAUGUACAACAACAAGGUGGACUUGUUGGCCCACAUGUGGCGCUACCCCACUGUCUCCAUCCACGGCAUUGAGGGGGCCUUCUCCGACCCUGGCACGAAGACCGUCAUCCCUGCUAAGGUUACUGCUAAGUUCUCCAUUAGACAAGUUCCCAACAUGGACCCUGCUAUGGUCAAGAAACAGGUAACAGACUACCUUCACUCGGUGUUUGCCAAGAGGAAGAGUCCUAACAAGCUGAAGGUCACCAUGGUGAUCGGGGCCAAGCCUUGGCUGGCUGACACUCAGCAUCCCCUCUAUGAGGCUGGGAAAGCUGCCGUCAAGAGAGUUUUUGACACGGACCCUGAUCUCAUCCGUGAGGGCGGCACCAUCCCUAUUGCCAGAACCUUCCAGGAUGUGACGGGGAAGAGCAUCAUCAUGAUGCCCAUCGGAGGCUUUGAUGACGGGCUGCACUCCCAGAACGAGAAAAUGAGCAGGUACAACUACAUUGAAGGAACCAAGUUAUUCAUUGCCUACCUGAACGAAGUCUCCCAGAUUAAGAAGAGCAGUGUGUGAAGUUUCAUGGCAUUGUUAAACGACCUGCUAAACCAUUCCAGCUACCGUGAGCUCUCCCCGACCCGAGCCUGGUUUUAUAUUUUCACUGUGCCUUUAUCUGUCUUUCGUCCAUUUCUCUGUGUCUUACCAGGGUUUUAUUAUUUAUCUGCAUCUCAAGCGCCUCCUCCCUUCCUGUCUCGCUUUUCUGCUGCUUCUCUGUCUCUCUGGCAGUUUAGUCAGUAAAAGUGUGUUUAAAUAAUGCCUUUAUUCUACUCAUUAAUGUAGACAAAAAGAGCAACAAAAUCUAUCUAUCUAUCUAUCUAUCUAUCUAUCUAUCUAUCUAUCUAUCUAUCUAUCUGUCUAUCUAUCUAUCAUUUUGACAUUGUGUGUGAAUGUAGUGGCACAUGUCACUCCUUCUUCGUUGCAUAUGUGGCAUACGUUCAUGCUCCAAAUAAUGUCAGACCGUACUGUAAGUGUGUGUGCGUGUG